AUGUCGCCAUGCCUCGCGGAAAAUCAUUGGUACCGCACGUACAAGGAUGUCAUCGGGCACAACCAGUCACUCGUGGCUGGUUUCGCCGUCCACGAGUCCGGGGCGAUCUCCAUCCACGAAGACGGGUGUAUCCGACUAUGGAUGUGGGGUGCCGAACAGGCGGUGGCGCAGCUGGCCUUGUCUGCCCAGACCGAUGUCCCACGGUGUGCGGUGCUCCACGACACGUCCUUCUCACUGGGCUGGGCCGGGGGCUGGGUUUCUCAACACGUGUGGCGGUCACCCACGGGACAGGUGGUGCCCCAAGAUGAAUUGUGCCUUGAUGCCUGGUGUGUCCCGCUAUUUUCCGCCGCCGUGGUGCACCUGGCCGCGUUCCGGGACCAUUUGAUCGUCUGUGGAGAACGUGACCUGGUCAUCCUCGACCGCGAGAGCGGAGGGCGGCGACGAUGCGUGAGGGACAUCCCGCCGUUCCCGAUUUCGGUGCGUCUUUGCCACGCACGGGUUGUGGACCUGGGAGACGCACCACACUUGGUAGCCGUGGGCAUCGACACGAGAAAACAACUCUUCGUGCUCUGGACCCCAUGGUCAGGGAUCCUAACAUCCCAGUCUGAGUGGCGAGAUUAUGGAGAUGGAAACUCACCGUGGGAUCGCUCUGGUAGGUUCACGAGGCGACACGAAGUGAUGGCUGUCCGAGAGAUCACCUCUCAGGGUCAAAUCAUCAUGGUGUCCUGUACGGGACGGUGGUGGGUCUACGAGCUCCACACCGCACGGGUCACGCAGUGGAGCGCCGGCCCCGAUCCCACAUAUCAGCGCUUCGCGAGCAGCGCGUCCCCCGCCCUGGUGGCCCUGACCCAUGAGCGAGAGGCCCAGACCCGGGGAUUGUUUUUCGGAACCUCUCCCGGACUAUCCCACGGCGAACUCUGGCCGCGGUCCCCGAGCUCGCGUGCCCUCGAAGGGAUUCCCGUGGUCCCCUUUGAGUCCUCCUUCCCAGGCCGCCUUCCCUCGGAGGUGUGGAGAACCAUCGUGAGGCGGAUUUGCAUCGACGACCUAGGCUCCCUCAUGCGGGUCUGCCACUCGCUGCGCGACAUCGGUCGUGCCCACCGAGUAGGUGGCGCUUGUACCGUUCACAACUCGACCAGGAUCCAGGCCCCGGACCGUUUCGUCCUCUCCCAGCCAGGUUGCGCGAGGCAUCUCAAGGUUGAGGUGAUCGAGGAUUCUAUCUCCUCAUACCACCUAUGGAUCAAUGAAUUAGUCACCACGAUCACUGCAAUGCCCUGCCUGCGAACACUCCAUCUCGAUCAAGAGAUCGUCCUUCCCUCGUGUGAAUGGGCUCGUUUGGACUUCCCUCAGGGACUUUGCACCUCAAUUGAUAACCUUCCACGCCUCUCCGAACUGCGAGUGAGACAUUUAAUGCUGCAGCCGUUUCGCCGGGUGAGACUCGCCUACGGUGUAUACGAUAGCUUCCCCCCAUCAAUCCGUACCCUGAAUCUGGACUUCCGUGGGGGUAUCACUAGGCGUGAAGCGCCCCACCUCAACCUCGACGACCUGCCACGCCUGGAGCGGCUGACCAUCCUGGGUCGGCCGAAUCGGGGCGCCAGGGACUCUGGGGUUCUGAUCCUGGCCACACAGCCACAUCCCCGCUUAGCCUUCCUCAGGGUUUGCGGAUUCGCCAUGAGCCUAGAUUGGCUCUAUUUUGUUCGACAGAGCCUGCGACAUAUAGUUGCAUCGGGGAUGAGCCGCAGUGAUCUCCCCAAGCAAACGUUGACGCUAGAGCGAGUAGAGGUCGUCGAGCUGUUCCACUGUGGCGACUCUGGUGAACCUGAUUUCCUGGCCACGAUGCGACAAAGGCUCCUCAUUCCGGGAAUGCGGUACUUCUCCAUGUCUGCAGACAACAGAGAGGCGUUGGGACAGGCGGUGUCAUUCGUCCACGGCUGCCACCUAGAAGCGCUGGCGCUGCACCUUCUCAAGGGAGGAUAUCUGUGUGACACCAACCCCAUCUACUCCGCCGUCGAUCAGAGUCGAAGGGAGACAGGGUUCCCCCGACGUUGCCUGAUCCAUGGACUGGUGAGGAAGCCCUCGCAUCAUCACAACACGCCGAAUUUCCACAUCGCAGUAGAUCUAUGUUCCACCAGCCUCGAGGGUUGGACCCACCCCAUGCUCUUCAAAGAGGAGGCCCGAGCAAGGCGCGUUCGAUUGUUGCUUCAGGUCGAUCCAGAGAAACAACUUUUUGAGAGGGAGGAACUCGAACGCUGGGCGCCGUCGGCUGAUGGCACGUACCCACCCGCUCCGGCCGCUGGCUCUGCCUGCCCCGAUUGGGAGCGACUGGUUACCUUCUCAUCGAGUGGUCCCGGUGGUUAA